UUCAAAAGGACAAAAUUUGUAGACAUAAAGGGACAAAUAGAUUUCUUUUUGGGACAAUUUUUUUCUGGUUUAGUGUCAUAAAUUUUUGGCUUAGUGACAUUUAUUUUUUGGUUAUGGACAUUCAAUUUCCUCACAUACAUGAGUGAGACUAGAGGAAAGAGACUGUUCCAUUUUCUUACGAUAUUGCUUUUAGAACACACAAAAUUACCACACAACAUCACGAAGAAACAGACAGUCCAACUGUCAGAAAGCCUCAGAAGCACAAUAACAACCGAAGGACAAAAAUUUAAUUAUCCAGCUUCUUCCGCAUGAAGAGUAACUUCCAGCAUAUAUUCAAAGCAUUGGGUGCUUUUGACUAUGCUGCUGUUGCCAAGCUAAUUUCAAAAUCUGCAAAGGCUCAUCAGUCGAUCUUUUACCAAUUAAGUAAACUGACUCAUUGCGAGACAUCUUACUCUCAAAUACAAUUUCUCAGAUCACGAUGGUUUGUUAUGCGAAAAGAUAGCUCCUUAGAAAUCGUGUACAGCAACAUUGCAAAUGAGCUUUUAAAAGAAAAGUUAACCAUAGCAACGUCGACCACACUUCCUGCUGAAGAAAAGGAAUAUUUGAGCAACAUACUGGAUGCUCUGAUAAAUUUUUGCCAAACUCGGCGUGAAAUGAUCCUAUUAUAUCAAUCCAUAUUAGCCCAGUCGCUUAAGGGCGAAUUCGCUGAUAUUUUAUUGGAACUGGAAGCUGUUCAAACCAGGAUUCUAGAUAUGGGACUAUCCAAGGAUUUAGAGUUGCUGGGACUAAGUGUAGAAAAAGAAAUUACAAUCCUUACAUGUUUGAUACGAGCAAGGAUAGCCAUCACGCGCUAUUCAUUCCAAGAUGCUUGCUUGUCGCUCUUCGAGGCGAAACAAGAAAUCACUGAAUGGAAAAAGUUUUGUCUAGAACAGGAGUAUCCAGAGAAAACUCCUUCUAAAUCAGCAGAAGCUAAAGAAACAUCUGGCUGGCGUUUUCAGUUGUUUGGUCAGUUAGAGUCAAAAGCGCAUCAUAAACAGGAAGAAACCUGGCCUAAUACAAUUAAAUGGCACACUCGAGUACUUGGAAACCUCACAUCAAAAAUGGCGCUGUAUUUCAACACUAUAUUACUUGAAAAAGAGGCCAUGUUGAACAAAAAUGAUCCCGAAAAAACCCUUUGGACUGGGCUUUCGAUAAACUAUCAUGAGCAAAUCGCAGCGUUUAGAAAAAAAUUUGGCGCGUAUAGAAUCAGUUUAGUAUACGAAGUGACUGAUGACACGCCAUUCUUCCCUCAAGGCUAUGCCUGUCCAGAUACCCCUUAUGAAGCUCCUCAAGGCAUACAUUCAUUUCCAUUUAUUUAUAGUCAUCCGCAGGAACAUCCGUUCAAGCAUCUGCCUAAUAUUAUUUCCAUCAUACAAGGAAGUAAACAAAAGCUCAGCGAUCCAAAAGCGGCCCCUGUCCAUUUUCUAGACAAUACCAUCAACAGUACGUACUAUUUGAUGCGCAUCGAUAGACACGCUGUCUUUAUCAUUAUCUUUUUAGAUAAGCAUGUUCAACGCGAGUCUAACAUUAUUGACUUUAUAACUCAUAUCGUAACCUCGCUGAGAGGUAGCACUGUGAUCGAAGAGUUGAUGAAAGUUGAUUAGAUACUUUCUUUUCCAAGCCAUUUUUUGGCUAUAAUACAUCAUUCUGUAAAUACUAAACAUUCGUAAUUCAACUGUACACAAAACCUUCGCGGCAUUCCCUUACUUUGCGUAAACGCAAAUCACACAACCUUACUGCUAUCCUUUCAAAUUCUCGGGGCAUUUAUUUGGGGCAAUGGGAUGCCUUGUUUGUAUCUACUGAGUGCCAAUUGUUGAAUAUAUGUGUAUGCAUAAAUAAUGAUGAAAAUAAUAAUAAUAAUAAUAGAAAGGACAGUUGUGCUAUCCUUUGUUGCAAGAUUUUGCGAGACUACGUGAGACUGCUAACAAGCAUUAAAAACUCUGAAGCUAAACAAAAAAGAUCAUCGCGAGUCAGCAAUAGUGUUUAGUUGAAUCAACAAC